AAGUAGGGUACCACCGCACCGCACCGCACCGCACCGUACCAAGGUUACAGCGGCAAAGCCCUGACGCCGCAAAUCUCUCGUUCGUUGUCAGGCGAAAAUUGUUCUUGCAAAUCUGGUGAAGUAUCUACGCAGUUUGCUUCAAUCUACUCUAAUCCAUUCGCGUUCUGUGGGAAAUUCAUUGCUUGGUAUGGAUUCUACUCAACUUUUAUGUGAAAUCGGAUUUUUGGAAUAGUUUACUUGAUUUCGGAACAUUUCUUGAACUGAACGGAUUGUAUACAAAAACAAAUCAUGACGGAGACGGAUUAUGCUGUUGAUAGGAUUAGCGAUCUUCCCCGCGAUAUCUUAAAUAAAAUUCUAUCCUACAUGCCUUUGCGCGAUGCUGUGAGGACGAGCACACUGUCGUCACAGUGGAGAUACAAAUGGACAACAAUUCCAGACCUUGUUUUCGAUCGAUAUCUCGAAAGAUUCUUGAAUAGGCACAAUAUGGAAGCUGUGGUCGAUCAAGUUUUGUCGCAUCAUGACGGGGCCAUUACAAGGUUCGCAAUAAACAAUUGUCAUAUCCAAAGCUAUUAUUCGGUCGGUCGCUGGCUGUCUUACUUGUCCAACCAUGGUAUUAAAAGCCUCGAGUUUUCGCCUAAAUAUUUAAAUAUGGUGCCUGUUCCCCUCACUGGUUUUGAUCAACUCCGACAUUUGCUUCUUGGAAUUUCCUGUGUCGUCAAAAUUCCUCCUUCGUGGAGAGGACUUAACCAACUUAUUGCGCUACAACUUAUCCAGGCCAAUAUCGAAGAUGGUGACUUACAUUUGUUGCUAUCUAAAUGUCCAAAGAUUAAGCACUUGGAUCUGAGGAUCCGCAGCCAAGGUGGGAUUAAAGAACUCCCAAACAAGCUCGAUCAUCUCACUGAUCUAGAUCUUGGCACUAUGUCCUUUGUAGACCUGGGAAAUAUCAAACUUCUUUUAAGCUUGAUCAAAAGCUCCCCAAAUUUGCGGAGUCUUAGACUUUAUAAUGCCGCAAGCAUUGGUGAGAAUGGCGUCACAGAAUAUCUGAAGGCGCAAGACGAUCUUAAAGAUUGUCUUGGGUGCCUUGAAGAUGUGAUGAUCCACUUAAUGAUGGACUUUCCAGCCGAGGUGGAGUUGGUGAAGCUUCUUUUGCGGUCGGCGCCUGUGCUUGAGAAAGUCGAUAUAUAUACUUCUAAGUCACAUUUCGACGCGCCAAUAAGAGAGUUUAAAAACACCAAAUGCGCGUCGUCUAAGGUAAAAAUUAUAGUUCACACCAAUUUCAUGUACUAGUUAUCUAUUCAACUGUAAUUUAGAGACUUGUUUUCUUGUGAUCUUAUUAAAGCAAAACAUAAGCAAUGAAAUGAAAUAAAUAGUAGAGAAAUGCUAGGUAUGCAAA